AUGGAAUCGGGUGUUGACAAAGAGGUGCCAAAUUUAGUCCGUCCAAAUUUGUCCGUCUACAAAGAAAGCUUUGAAAAUGUUUUUCUACAAGACACCGAACGCUUCUACAUCGCCGAAAGUGGUGCUUCCUUUGAAAAGUUCUACACCGAGCAACAUUCAUUCGUCAAGUACAUGGAAUAUGUGAAGAAGCGUAUUGACGAGGAAAUGAAAGACCGUGGUAAGCUACUCCACGUCACAACCAUAGAGCCUUUGAUGGCAAUUCUCAGCGAUACAUUGAUCAGAAAGCACUUGGAGCUAUUUGAUAUCGAAUUUCGGGCAAUGUUGGCGAAUGAAAAGUACGGGGACAUGGGUUUGAUGUGUUCAUUAGCCGUUAAGGCAGAUGUUGUAUUGAAACGAUUGAAUGCUAUCUUAGAAGAGUGUAUUACCAAAGACGGUCUAGAUAAACUGGAGAAAUGUGCCGAUGAAGCCGUGAAAGAUCCCAAAUUGUACAUUGAAACCAUAUUGUCGGUUCACAAAAAGUAUCAGACUCUCGUACGAGAUCGCCGAACUGGAAGAGGUACUCAAAUGUGGACUGUGUUCCAAUACAUCAAGGACAAAGAUGUGUUCGAGGUGUUUUACAAGAAAAAAUUGGCCGAACGUUUGAUCGAGCAAUCGUCAACCUCUGAUGAUGCCGAAGCAUCGAUGAUCUCCAAAAUGAAGCAUACAUGCGGUUACAACUACACACACAAACUACAGCGCAUGUACCAGGACAUUGCUGUGUCAAAAGACAUAAACGAAAAAUUCCGUCAACGAAUCUCGGCCGAAGAACCACUCGACAUUGAUUUCCGCAUACAAGUUUUGACUCAUGGUUCGUGGCCAUUCAAACAAAGCGUUACAUUAUUGCCACCGCCGGAGAUGGCCAAAGCAAUGGAGCAAUUCACCGUUUACUACAAAAGCCAGCAUGAUGGACGUCAGCUAAAAUGGCUGUACGAUCGAUCAAAGGGUGAAUUGCUAAUGAAUAUCGAGAAACAGCGUUACUUCAUCAAGGCCAACACAUUCCAAAUGGCCAUUUUGCUGCAGUUCAACGAACAAAUAUCAUUCACCGCACAACAAAUCCACAACAACACGGGCAUCAACAAGCAUUAUCUGUACCAGAUGCUAGCGCUUUUGGUGACGAAAAUGAAACUGUUGCAAAGCGCAGACAAGGCCAACAUAACGGACAAUUCAGUCAUUGCGCUGAAUACAAAUUAUACUGGGCCAAAAUUGCGUUUCGACAUAUCGGGCGUGCGAAUGAAAUCCGAACAGGAGAGUGAUAGUAAAGUCACCCACAACGGCAUUGAAGAGGAUCGUCGUCAUUUGAUCGGGGCAGCCAUCAUUCGGGUCAUGAAAAUGCGCAAGACACUAAACUUUAGUGACUAA